AUUGUCAAAAUUUCAGUCAAUCAAACAAACAUGGAUUCUUUUCAGUGUGAGGAAUCUGAAAAAUCUUUGCAUAAUGAUAGUGAUAUGACGAAAAAUUAUAUUAGUGUUCCUAAAACCAUGUCAGGACAUAGUAAUAAUAUCGUUCAUAAGCUAUUUAACAGAGAGACUUUAGGCUACACGUCACGUCGCUACAAUGACCGUGGUCGCAGAAUAUUCGAGCGGAUCCCGCCUCGGCUGCGGUUCUGCCUCAUGGACAUUGUGCCUAUGUCCUACUUCAGCAACCAUGUGUUCAUGGGCUUCUCGCAGUGUGGACAGUACCUGCUCAGCUUCACGUACAGCAAUGGGUCACAAGUUUACUUCAGGGAGAAUGCUAAGUUUACCUUGCACUUCUUAUCCUGGGUGCCCGGAAGAAUGGUCCGCUCAGUGCACAGAGUGCCCCUAUUCGGCGGAGAUGCCGUGGACAGCCGACUGACCAUCUCCAUGGCGCAGUGGAAGCACAAGCCUGGCGUGCUGGUGGUCUAUGGCCUACCGGAUUCAUGUACGGAAAGAUCUCACCUCAGUGUCAUUGGAGUGCCACGGUUAGGAUGUAGGAAAUGCGCAGCUAUGGCGAAAGAAGAAGAUGGUCAAAAUUGGGGUCAAAAAUGUCUGGAGCACAACUUCGCAAUUCACACAAAGUUCUUCUGUACAUCCGACUCCAGCGUCUAUGAGCCGGUCGUACAACUCGGCUACUCCAAUCAAAUCAUCAUUUACACUGAUUUCAUACACAUCCUAGAAAUAGACUUCGUCAAACCUGACCAAGAUAAGCCUAUGGAAAUCGAUGACUGCAAAUUCUCAUCUGCAGAUAGAGACGAGACUAAUUCUAUUUACACCAAUCCGAGCACACCCGCGUCUGACGUGUCAGCUGUCUUCCAUUCCCCUAAAUACCAGAACACGGUUGUGCAAAAUAUUUUAGAAGACUUCUCCGAUUUAGACGCAGAGCCUUUUCAAAUGUCGAAACCGGUGCAGUUACCUGACGUGAUGGGACAAGAGCUCUGUAUUCAAGCGUCUUCAAUAUCAUACAAUUUAGUCGAAGAAUGGGAGGGCCCUUCACCUUCCAUUAGAACUUUAAUUUCCCCUCCCUUGAGAUCCCCCAGGAGAAGACCCGCGGAAAGUAUGUCCAGGUUUAACGAAACGCAUAGAAUCAAAGCGGACAAAGCUUACGAAUUCGUAGAAGAAACCGAAACGAAAUGUGAAAAACUGAGUAUAUUCAGAAAACGAAGAUUAGCUGACAAGAAAUAUGAGUUUUCUGAAGAUAAUAAUGAAAAUAUAGUCCCAUUCAGGGUAUUAAGGAGUAAUAGGAAAUACUUUACUGGGUGCACUAGCAAAAUGAGACGACCAAAGUCCCCGCCAGUUGAGGUUCUGAGAGCACACAACCAGAUAAGUAGACCUCCGUCGCCGACCACUAGUGAAAAAGACCAGGGUCUAUCUUGCUUAGAAUCUGAUGACAAAAGCGAAUCUGAAUACAGAGUUAUGGAAAUGCUUGACGACGGAUCUCUGAAAACGGUAGCGGUACAUGAUAACACUUCGAAAACGCUGUCAGAGUGCCCCGUGAACGCGCACGAUCCGUAUUUGGUGCAUUCGGAAAAUUCUAAGUGUAGCAAGUUUUUCACGAGGUAUUUCGUGGAAAGUGAUGAUGAAAUUACUUCUAUCGUUACGGAUUCUGAAGACGACUGUAUAUCGGGAUAUCACGUGGCGCUCCACUUGCAAGCUCACGGGGCGGGCUACGCGCCGCUGCAGGGCGUCGGCGCGGGCGCGUGGGCGCGCAUCGCGAGCGCCCCGCAGCCACUCACGCUGCGCGCGCAGCAGCGGAGCCUCGACACCGAGCUGCUGUGUAAUGAGGUUUGCGGGCGACUUUGCAAGCUGAACGGAAAGAAAUUCAUAUACUGCUUCGAUUGGGGUUGCCAUGUCAUAGACGUAUGUCAGAGCAGUGGCUGCUUAUCGGGGUUGUGCGCGAUGUGGCUAUGGGCGAGCGACGACACGGGCGCGUGCGAGCCGUGCCGCGCCAUCAGCGCCGGCUGCCCCGCGCACCGCCUGCAGUACGCCGCCGAGUGCCUCUUUGUCUGGAAUUUAGUGAGCGGUGUUUAUAGAACCGAAAAAGUUACAAUGACUGAAGACGCAAGCCAAGAAGGCUCCAGAGUGUCUGGGGCAGAUCGAGCGCGCGAGCUCGCGAAAAAGCUAGGACCAAUCAACAUGCCGUCCGGCUGUGAAACUAGGCUGCUCACUACUCUUACAGGGCGUUCGUUAAAGAGUCUGACAGACGUGGACAACUGCAUCGAGAUCACCAAGAACCACCCGGACAGCUCCGAGUCCGAGUCGGAACCCGAGGACGAGGACUCCGACUGAGCGACCACAGUGCUCCGUCCAUGUAAGUUCCGACUGGGAUAAAACUGCCUAAUUUUGCCGUAAAGUGUCUCACUCAUUGGUACAGUCAGCAUCUAAAGCAGCGGAUCAGACGACGCGUCAAGUCUCUAAUGUGAGAUAUGUGUCUAUAUGUACAACAAUUAGACUAUGGCAGAAGUUUUCUAAAAUAAAUAUUGAAAAACCUGAUUCUCACAGAUGAACACCAGGGUGUUUUUGGGUUCUUUCAACUUAGAAUCACUAGCAUAUUCAAUCCUGAUGAUAAAAAAAAUGUCCCAGAAAUCUGUAUGAAGUGUACAUUCCACUACGUCACGCGUCACGCACAUACAAAUGAAUAUUUUUUUCACACUAAAACGUGACGUAAUGGAAUGGACAUUUUGGGACAUCUUUUUUUAAUGGCAGGAUUCAGAAAUUGGAGAAUGCUGUCGAUGCUGAGUAGAAUGAGCCCAAGAAUGUCCAGAUUUGAAAGAAUCAGGUUUUUUAAUAUUUAUUUUGGAAAACGCCCAGAUACUUUUAAACGCAAACUGUAGAGAUAUAUCUCUAUUUGGAAAAGUAUUUCAGGAUGGCAGAUACUUUUGGCGCGUUGUUUCAUCCGCUACUAUUGUCAACUUUAGUUCGCUUGACAGCGUUUUUUUUUCUAAAUUAUACUCACUCAACAUUAAGCUAUACCUCAGACCUAAGAGAUAAUCCAACCGCUCCGGUGUGUGAGCGAGACAGUACAAUGCACGGGUAUAGAGAUGUCCAGGCCGUUGUAUCCAAUGAGAAGACCGCUUUAGAAUCAACUUUUAAUGUAAUGGAAACUAGUAUUAUGCUGAGUCUAAAGUCUGUUAUUGUAUCCCUAGUACUAAAAAUAAUAACCAUUUGUGGCUUUCCAUAGAGAAGGGUCCUUAUGCAUCAUGUGCCUAAGGGCCCUUCUUUUUGGAAGCCACAUUUAAUGGCCCAAUUUAUUUGGUUUUGUACUAGAAUGACAGUUUGAUAUUGAUUGGGUUGCAGAUUCAAUAUACUGUCUACUGAUUUUUGUAUCUGGUUUAAAAAUUUUUUCGAAGUUAGGCCCUACUAGUACUAGUAGCCACUUAUGUUUCCUCAACCAGUCUGACCAAAAGAGACAGUUGUAUGGUAUGAGUGAGAUAGAAAUAAUUGUCAUUGCGUCCUUUUCGGUCAGUUAAGAUAUUAGGAUUACGAUUAGAAGUUGUAAAACUAAGAAGGUAGGUCACACGUCACACGCACAUUGCAAUAACGUUGUUAGUGUUAUUACAUUUAUUGUGUAUUACAGCUAUUUAGUAGCAACACUGGUAGCGUUUGGCAACGACAACUUAUUUAUUAAAUAGGUCAGUUAUGGGCAAAGAGUAUUGCAGAGAUGUAAAGUUUUUUUUUUACAAAUUAUGUUAAUGGCUCUGUAACAUUACUGUAGGCGUUAUUUAUGGACGGUAUAGAAAGGGCCACAAUCUCUUAUGGCAGAGCUGUUGCAAAAGUGACCAGCUUUGAGCUUGAGCUGUUAAUAAUAGUUCCUAAUCUCUCCGGUGGCGCUAGGCUCUGGGACCUGAACCAUAGAAGUAUGUAGAGAUGAAAUGGGGGAGGGGCAACAAAUAACCCGACCAAAUUACGUAGGAUGUUUUUGGUAUGUUGUCAGGAACGUUAAAACGUGUGUGUAUUUUGUCGCAUUGCGUAUGUUCUCUCCCUCACGGUCGCACAUCUAUAUAAAAUACUAGGUCUAUGACAUUUCUUUUCGGUGUAUGGUGGCGCCGCCUAUUUAUUGUUUUUUGAUAGACACUUUUCAUACAUAGAGAUUUUCCUUCUAAACGGCUGUCAAAUCAAACAAGUCAUUGAUAUUCGUUUGUUUCUUUCUAUCAUUCUUAUAAUUGUGUUUAUUUGAAAGACAUCAUUUAACAGAGGUUUGCUUUUGAUUUGAUGAUGAAUAAAUAAAUGUAAUAUGAUGCAGUUGCAGUACAGCGCAGUCUACCUUAGAUAACUUUACGCAUCAUUACUUAUACUUCAGAUUGGUUCAGUUAUUACUACAGUACUAUAUUUUUCUUAGACUGCAACUAUUGUACAAUUAUCUCUUUAGUUAUGGAUGGCACAAACCUUAUUUCGGGCCAAUAAUUUCAGUCGUUGUCGCCUUACCAAACCUAAAAAGGCCAAUUGCAUGAAUGGCCUAAACCUAGCCUUUCAAUGAUUGCUUAUACUCGAGAAUUUGAGACGGUUACGGCCGUGACCGGGUGGUCUAGUGCUGGUCAGGACGUUAGCCACGUAAGCUGACGACGCCGGUUCGAUUCCGGCCUCGGCCACCGCAGGGCUAGGUCACUUAAUCUUAAGUAUAUGACAUAUAAUAUAUUUUAAGUUUAAACGUGUUUUACCCUAUAGGAUAUCCCAUGAGGAAGGACCUUAAAUAAAGAUUCUGAAUGUUUAUGGGCUCUGAUUAUUGUCAAUGGUCAUUGAAAUAUUUAUAUCAAAAAUCAGAGACCAAAGAUAAUAAUUAGAUCCCUGUAUCUGCAAAUAAAGUGACGCCAUCGUAUUAAGUUGUAUAAAGUGUAAAUAGUUAUUGAGUAAUUUAAGUACAUUCUUAAAUAUUUUUUUAAAAUAUUCAUUUGAGAUAACGACGACACGACGAGGUUAUUAUUGUAAAACAAAAUGUUUUUAAAUUUUUAUAUGGCGAGGUGCUUGUUUUAUUUUAAGUGUAUAAUUCGGAAAUUAAAAAGGGCUCAAUUGUAUUAAAAUUAUUAUACAUACAUGCGCUCUCAAAAUAGCGUUUAUAAGAAAAGGAUCAAACUUGAUCCUUUCAUGUAUCGUUAGUAAAUAAUUUUAAGUCCAUCCUAAAUGUAUGAUAUGAUAACACAAUAUUGUUCCAAGUUAUAAUGUAACAAUAACGAUAUUUCAACUGAUAUGUAAAGGCCACCCCACACUGGCGUCUCCCUAGCGUCGCCGUCUAGUCAACUCUGUGGCUGCUGCUCGACGCAACUUUAACGAAACUGCGCAGCGACGCCAUUUUACAUAGCGCUGACUAGACGCCGACGCUCGGGAGACGCUAGUGUGGAGUGGUUCUAAAUGAGAGCUAACAGUGGAUGAGAACAAAACUUCAACGGGUGUCCGCUAGCAGACGCGGGGUGAACGGAGCGCACGCACGCGGGUACCAUAGGGAUGAUGACCCAUGUUGAAUUUUAUAACAAAAUCUAGUAAAAUAGAUAGCAAAUGAGCAAUUUAUGACAAAAAUGUGGAUAUUAAAAUAAUAUAUGGAAAUGAUAAAAAAAUACAGGAUCUUAAAGUUUCAAAAUUUUAGGUUUUUUUUUUUACUUCCAAAAAAGAAUAAAGUAAAGGUACCAUUCGAUUUUAUUCAAAAAAGAUUGUACAGCAACUAUAUGCAUAAACGCAAUAUUUCACCGACAAAAUCGCAAUUUUACUUAUUUUCCAUACAUUCAAGAUGGGCUCUCAGUGACCUUGACGUCACUUUCACUUAUCGUUUUGUUAGGAGCGUUUCGCGAGUAAAGUACGACUGUCGGACUUUGACUAUUAUUUCUUACUUUUGUAAUGUUGCUUUAAUGCAAUGGGUCCCAUAACUCCCAUAUAGAUAUUUGAUCCCAAAAACAAACCUGAUCGAUUGGUACCAUUAAUAAAAAACCGGCCAAGUGCGAGUCGGAAUCGCGCACCGAGGGUUUCGUACUUUUUAGUAUUUGUUGUUAUAGCGGCAACAGAAAUAGAUCAUCUGUGAAAAUUUCAACUGUCUAGCUAUCACAUUUCAUGAGAUACAGCCUGGUGACAGACAGACGGACAGCGGAGUCUUAGUAAUAGGGUCCCGUUUUUACCCUUUAGGUACGAAACCCUAAAAAUUGUCAUCAAGCCUAUUUUAGGUAAAACCCGUCGCACGCGUCCGCGCCAGCUAUACUAUCCGUCAACCAAACUGACGACCGAGGUCAUAUCACUAUCUCUCUCACUCUUGUCAUGAUCACGUAAGCAUGAAUGAGAAGUUUUACGACCCCGAUCGUCAGUUUGGUUGGGGGAUACUAUAGUUAGCAACGCUCAUACUGCUUUUCGUUACCCCGCUUACCCGCUCCGUGCAACCGCCCCAGCUAGGGGAAGCCCUAAUGACUUGUUUCCACUUCAAUUUUCUUUUUUUCCUAUAUAAGCUCUUUUCAUGUUUAAUGUUUUUGAGGUAAGGGGUAUGACCCUAUUGGCACAUUCGCACCGAAAAUGUCUGAAACGAGCGCCCUGAAGUGCCAACUAGUGAAUUAUAAGUUUAUGUUUUAAAUUAUUUGAGGCGGACUGUAACUGACUGGCUAUAUUACAUUUCAAUUCUUAAAGUAAGGGCAGUAAGGUCGAUAUUUGAAUAGGUUACAUUGUUACGAUAGCUCAUCUCAAAUAAUUUUAAAUAUUUUCAACUCUAUUACGUGCAUUUAUUUUCCUCGUAAAGACUAUCUAAUGGUAAAGUAUGGACAUAGCAAUUAUAAGUAAACUAGUGGUAGUAAUAAUUAACGACUUAUGAAAUAAUCGUAAUCCUAAGGAAUUAGACGAAAUCAAGCGCAUUAUUAUGUCAUUCAACCACUUACCUGCUGAACUAAAGUAUUAUAAUUAUAUAUAUCGACAUACAGCCAGAGACAAAUAAAUGGUAGAGAUCUAACUUGCGUUCUUUUGUCAUCAUCACAAGGUCUCAGUGCCACAUAUUUUAUUGGGCUUUGGCCUUCGAGGCGACAUUCAACAUAUUUCGAAUACAUUUACGACUGUCCAUCAGAUAUAUCGAAGCGGCCGAGGUGCUCAAAUAUAUCUGAACACGCACUCUAGCGCCUUGACAAUAGAGGCGUGUUGUGAGCACCUUGGCCGCUCCGAUAUGUCUGAUGGCGACCGUACUUUAAAUUUGUAUUCCUAAGAAACAAAAUAAAGCAGCAAUUUCACUGACGCCAAUUAAAAGGGUUGUUGAUUCAUACAUUUUUUUAGUUGGUGAUUAAAGCAAAGAGUAGUUUAAGUAGCGCCAUCUAAAGCAAUGAUGAGGAACGCAACCUUGUAUUCGUGGAGGUUGAAAAUCUCUAUUAUUUACUUGCCUAAUAAUUACCAGUCUUUUUCUUUUCAGGCUGAUGAUCCUAACAUACAUUAUAGUACUUUUUUAAGUGACGCACUGCGCUCUGUAAUUGUGGUUUGGUGGUGAAUCUAAGCUCAUUGUAAGGUUGUGAUCGUUUGACUGUAGUUGUGUUUAAAUAAAGUGCCUCACACAUGUCAUGUUUAACUUAUUUGUAUUAAACUGCA